AUGUCCUUCUCCUUCACCCGAAGUGUGACUUUUGCGUCCUUUAUUAGCAGUCAAUGCACGCACGCUUCCUCCUCGACUCGUUCGAGCCUCGAGAGGCGUCGGAGUCACCGCAGCAGUAGCAGUAGUAACCAUAAACGCAUUUUCAUCGCGAACGCGUCACAUCCGACUGAGGAAAAGGAAAAGAAGACGAGGAAAAAGAUAGUCGUCGUCGGCGCCGGGUGGGGCGGGUGGGGCGCCGCGAAAGCUUUACUCGAAUCGAACGAGUGCGAAGUUAUACUCCUGGACGGUUUGAAAGACCCAACCGGGAAAUGCGGGCAAAAGACAGCGAGCGGGAAACCGUUCGAAUCCGGCGUGAGAGGCUUCUGGAAGGACUACCCAAACAUCACCCAUCUUUGUACGAAUACGCUCGGGUUGCGCGAAGACGAAGUGUUCACGGAAUUCACGCGAUCGAGUUUUUUUAGCCCGGACGGGUUAGAAGCGACUGCACCGGUGUUUAGCGGCGCGGACGUGAUGCAACUGCCCUCGCCUCUCGGGCAAGUGUUCGCGACGUUUGAUAACUUUAAGCGGUUACCGCUGCAGGACAGAGCGACGAUGGUCGGGUUGUUAUACGCGGUUUUGGAUUUGAAUAGGAACGAGAGAGUGUUUGAGAAGUACGACAGAGCGACGGCACACGAGUUAUUUACCAAGUGCGGUUUGUCGGAACGGUUGGUGGAGGAGUUUUUGAAGCCGACGUUAUUGGUUGGGUUGUUCAAGCCUCCGGAGGAAUUAAGCGCGGCGGUGACGAUGGAAUUGUUAUAUUACUACGCGUUGGCGCAUCAGGAUUCGUUCGAUGUGCGAUGGAUUAAGAGCAAAAGUAUCGGGGAGUUGAUCAUCGCGCCAAUGGCAGAGAUGUUGAUGGAUAAGUACGAAUUAAACGUCAAAGGUGGAUGCUUUGCGAAAUCGUUACACUUGGACUCGGAGAAGAACGCCAUCAACAAGGUGACGUAUUUCGAUACGACGUCAAAACGAGAGGUGGUCAUUGACGACGUGGACGGAGUCGUCUUGGCGUUGGGCGCGAAAGGUUUAAAAUCAGUCGUUUCAAAUUCACCGGAGUUGGCGCGAAACGCGCCGGAAUUAACCGCCGCGGCUUCGUUGGGAGCCAUCGAUGUCGUUUCCGUUCGUUUGUGGUUGGACAAAUACGUCGCCACGGACACGCCGGCGAACGUUUUUUCGCGCUUCCCGGCGCUCCGCGGUGCCGGUGGCACGUUUUUCAUGCUCGACCAGUUACAGAAAGAUACCGAAAACGAGCUGUGGGGCGGCCAAGAAACGCCAAAAGGUUCGGUCGUCGCGUGUGACUUCUAUAACUCGAGCGCCAUCGCCACGCUGAGCGACGAAGACAUCGUCAAAACGUUGACGAAAGAUUUAUUACCGGAAGCCGUCGAGGCGUUUCGCGACGCCGGCGUCGUCGACUUUUGCGUCCAGCGAUAUCCGCAAGCCGUUUCGCACUUCUCCCCGGGCUCUUUUACCAAACGCCCGCCUCUUCAAACCUCCGUCCCGAACGUCGUCUGCGCCGGGGACUGGGUCCGCAUGGGUGACCGAGAAUUCGGCGCGAAAGGUUUGUGCCAAGAACGCGCCUUUGUCAGUGGCAUCGAAGCCGGCAACGCGCUCUUGCUCGAAACGUUAGGCCCGAGUCGAUCGGAAGGUAAGAAACAUCCCGUCAUUCCAAUCCGAGCGGACGAAACCCAAGUCGAGAUUGGACGCGCCGUGAACGCCACCGUCUUGGGGAACUUGGAGGAUUCGCUUUUAGGCCCACUCUUCUUUCCGAAAGACGGCGCGUUUAACGUUUUCGGUUUGCGGUGA